CUGUCAAACACAGGCUACGGUUUCUCCAACAACAGAUGUCCUCUCCAAGUCGCCGCCCUGCAUCGCCCUGAGAGAAUUUUACACCACAACACUACAAGAUAGCCUGACCCAUGGCGUUCAGGAAGGUUCUGAAAAGGACGGCGAUCAUCGGUGGAGGGACGGUCGCUGCAGUUUUUGGCCUGUCGCAGCUCAUUGAGUACAGGAAAACACAAUAUGGAUUGGCCCGGUUAGCCCACGUGGCGGCCGAAGCAGAGCUGAAGGUGCCAUUUGCAGACCAGCUUCCCUCUCGUCAGGCCCAGUUGGCAACGCUGAAAAACACCGAAGAGUUUGACGUCCUGAUUGUGGGGGGUGGAGCCACGGGAGCAGGAUGUGCCUUAGACGCCGUCACACGCAACCUCAAAACUGCCCUCGUGGAGAGAAAUGACUUCUCGUCGGGCACCAGCAGCCGGAGCACUAAGCUAAUCCACGGUGGAGUUCGAUACCUGCAGAAGGCCAUCAUGCAGCUGGACUACGAACAGUACAUGAUGGUGAAAGAAGCUCUUCACGAGCGAGCAAACCUCCUGGAGAUUGCACCUCAUUUAUCUGCACCACUACCCAUCAUGCUUCCUGUUUACAAAUGGUGGCAGUUGCCUUAUUACUGGGCGGGGAUCAAGAUGUAUGACUUGGUGGCUGGGAUCCAGUGCCUGAAGAGCAGCUACGUCCUCAGUAAGACCAAGGCCUUGGAGCUGUUCCCCAUGUUGAAGAAGGACAAGCUGGUUGGAGCCAUCGUCUACUAUGACGGUCAGCACAAUGAUGCCCGUAUGAACCUGGCCAUUGCCCUCACCGCUGCCCGAUAUGGCGCCGCCGUGGCCAACUACACCGAGGUGGUCCACCUGCUGAAGAAUAACGACCCCGAGACGGGAAAGCAGAAGGUGUGCGGCGCUCGCUGCAGGGACGUCCUCACGGGACAGGAAUUUGACAUAAAGGCUAAGUGUGUGAUCAACGCCACGGGGCCGUUUACAGACUCACUGAGGAAGAUGGACAACCAGGAAACACAGAACAUCUGUCAGCCCAGCGCAGGGGUUCACAUUGUCAUCCCUGGUUAUUACAGCCCUGACAAUAUGGGUCUGCUAGAUCCGGCCACGAGCGAUGGGAGGGUCAUUUUCUUCCUGCCUUGGGAAAACAUGACUAUAGCUGGGACGACGGAUACGCCCACCAAGGUGACAGCCCACCCAAUGCCAGGAGAAGACGACAUCAACUUCAUCCUGACGGAGGUCCGCAACUACCUCAGCCCUGAUGUAGAAGUGCGCCGAGGAGACGUGUUGGCAGCUUGGAGCGGCAUCCGGCCCCUGGUGACGGACCCCGAUUCCAAAGACACUCAGUCCAUCUGCAGGAACCAUAUCGUCAGCAUCAGUGUCAGUGGACUAGUCACCAUCGCCGGUGGGAAGUGGACAACAUACAGGUCUAUGGCUGAAGAGACCCUUGAUGCAGCCAUUAAAGCACAUAACCUCUCAGCUGAACCCUGUAAGACGGUUGGGCUGAUGCUGGAGGGGGCGAAGAGCUGGACCCCAACCCUCUAUAUCCGCCUGGUCCAGGACUACGGACUGGAGAAAGAGGUCGCUCAGCAUCUGGCGUCAACAUACGGAUCAAAGGCGUUUGAUGUGGCUAAAAUGGCACAAGUCACUGGACAACGAUGGCCAAUUGUAGGGAAGCGAUUGGUGUCAGAGUUCCCCUACAUUGAGAGCGAGGUGAGCUACGCUGUUAAGGAAUAUGCCUGCACUGCCAUUGAUGUCAUCGCCCGCCGAACACGCCUGGGCUUCCUGAAUGUGCAGGCGGCCGACGAAGCCUUACCACGCAUCGUCCAGAUCAUGGGCAAAGAGCUGAACUGGAGUCCGGACAGGCAGACGGCGGAGCUGGAGGCUGCUAAGAAGUUUUUGUACCAUGAGAUGGGCUACAGAUCCCGCAGCGAGCAGCUCACCAAGACAUCUGAGAUCAACCUGGACUACCAGGAAGUAGUUCGGUAUAAGAAGCGAUUCCAUAAGUUUGAUAAAGAGAGCAAAGGCUUCAUCACCACUGUUGACGUCCAGCGGGUUUUGGAAAGCAUCAAUGUCCACAUUGAUGAAAAUGCUCUGCAUGAAAUCCUUAAUGAGGUGGACCUCAACAAGAACGGACAAGUUGAAAUUGAUGAAUUCCUGCAGCUGAUGAGCGCCGUGAAGAAGGGCCAAGUGUCGGACAGCCGGCUGGCCAUUCUGCUGAAAACAGCAGAGGAGACUCUGGACAUGAGGGGCCCGGUGACGGUGGAUCGUAGCGGGGGCGGAGUAUGAGUGCGACGACGAAUUCAAAGAUGCCAAAAAAAACCCAAGAAAAAAAUCGAAAACCCCUCCUUCGGAUUCUGGUCCUUUUUAAAGGUGGCGAUAACAAAAACCUGAAGGGGUCUCAUGCAAAUAGUGGUAUUUGAAUGACAAUAAUAGCAAUCAGGGAUGCAGCCGGAUGAAUUUGGCCAAAUCAAAUGUAGGCCUGCAGCUGAACUGAGCGUGUCACAGUUGAAACGGUAUCUAAUGAUAUGAGGCAUAGAUCUGUUUUGCAUGAAGUCACAGUAAUUGUGUGCGUGUGUGUGUGUGUGUUUUGUUGUCAGUUGAAUGACUGGUUCUCAGCAUGUGGUGCCUCUGGUAUUAUACAGCACAUAAUGUAUCUGUUUUAUAAGGUCUUUGAACAGAAAGCUUUUAUAUUUUCAUUCUUGCAUUCUCUCCAUCCAACACUCCUUUAUAAUGUUCAUUUUUAACAUUUUGACACUGUUGUGUAAAUAUAGAAUUUCUUAAUGCAAUGCAGCUUAUUCUGAUGGCAACUGAGUGCUUGGUGGUUUAAGUUUAGGGAUACAUGAUAAAUUCCACAACUGUGAAAUACUUUUAAUGUACACAUUUGUAUGAAUCAUAGAUAAAAAUUUGGGAUGCACCAAUUCAUGCAACAGUAGCCAGUAGUUGCUAAUACUGAUAUUAUUUAUUACUAUGAGAAAAAAAAGAAGUUGUUACUGAUUCAGCCCUUUGUCACAUUAUGUUUGAACGAACACAAAUUCAGUCAAACUUUAAUAUAACACCAUGAAUGAACAUGGGUUGAGGCGUCAAAACGACAAAAUCUGCAGUACCUUGAAUAUCAGCUUAAGGCUGGCUCCAAAAAUGAGUCAAACCCAUCAACUGUCACAUUCAAAUACUCACCUUUAGAAGUAAUAUAUAUGUUUACAUGGGUUUGGGUCUACACAGGGAAUUCCACUGGUCAUGACAACUACAUAUGAAGUGAAUUUUUAUAUCACUCACCUAUUUUAGUGAUGCUAAGGCUAGUUCAGCUGCUGAGUUUGGAGCUGUUGUUUAUUGACUAAAACAGCCAUAGUGUAGAAGAUGUUUUUGGGAGGUUGUAGUAACCAAACCAAGGAGUUUGUCUCAUAAAUAUUUCAGUUAGUUUACUGGUGCAUCGUUACAGUACCCAGCCUGUUGGUGUAACUUAGCUACGUUACAGUAAAUCAUGAUAUCUUUUCUGUUUUCAACACACUGUGAAAACUAAAGCCUGGUUCAUGGAGGGGCUCACUGCCUCCUCUACCAGCUCAGACGUUUUAUAACAGUAUUCUAGUGGAUUAUGAACGUGAUAAUAGUAAUAUGAUGCACCUGUCUGUGCAGAGUGGACCUGUCUUUGCUUUUUCCUGUCCACCGGUGCUCCGUAGGACAGCCGUCUCGGUUGGCUGUGCCUGAAAUGACAGUAUGGCCUGUUACACCCAUUUCUGCCACCUUUGCACUCGCUGUAGUCCGUGUAAAAUGGGCAGUCAAUCCCUCGGAAGAAGCUGGUGGAUCUUAGCAUUAUCUCCAGAUGUUCCUCUCACUUCAGCCUGCGUAAUUUUGUCACACUACAAAAGCUUGUAAGCGCGACAAAACAAUAACAAUGUCCCUACGGCGCCAUGUUGGAUUGUUCGGGGAAUUGAUAUCUCGCAUUAACUCAAUUGUGUCGCGCUGUUCCACGUCAUAGAGGAGAGCUAAUGGUAUUCCAAAAUUACUAAUAUUUCCCAAUAUGGUCCUAUCAACUUGCCGUCUUUGCUAGUCUCUUCCUUGACCAAAAAUAAGUAUGCCCGAGACACACACACACACACACUUCCACUCCCCACUUCUCUUUUAUAAUAUAGAUGAAGUUGACAUUGCUUAUAUAAUAUAACGAGGUGUUCAGAGUUAAAUCACUGAAACUACUUAACAUUUAACAUAAUUACUGUAAGUUUCUAUAGUUUUUAUCUCGCACUCGCAUCCCAACUCCAACCUGCUGACUAAAAAUCAUCACUUCUGGCUUCAAAAAAACAAACUUUUGGCUUCUACAUCCAUUGGCACACAUGUCCACCUCUUUUUUUACAGUCCAUGUUUGUGUCCUAUAUAUUGGUGCAUCCCUAAAAAAAAUGCAGCAAAUUAACAGUUCUUCUCACAGUUUGGUAGGAAAUGACUGGCCCUUAAAAUGAAACCACCAAGCUUUUCUUUGUGUUCUGAUCUUAGCAUGUUACAGUAAUAAUAACAUGUUAAAGCACUCCCAGAUGUGUCUGCGGUACUUCUACGCCUCCUGUUUUUAGCUCAGAGGAAUAUUUUUCAGGUGAAACUCACUCUGGGAUGCAGGAGGGAGGAGUCUUUAUGCUGAAAGCACACAUCUCCCUGUUUAAUGCACUUGUGUUUUCCAUCUUUUUGCACAAACCAGCAAACUGCUACUGAUUCUACUGAGGUUUACAUGACACGGUUUUCCAGCUUUAGUGUCACAAUCUUUUGAAAUGUUAUUUUCAGUCACUGCUACUGUCGCUUUACUGCAAAAUGUUUUAAUUAUUUAUUCUUCAGACAUUUAUAUAGAAAUAUUUACUGAGAUUAUGUACUUAAAUACUUUACAAAGGGAUUCACAAAAUCAAAGGGAUUAUAAUGUAAUGAUGUUUAUUUUUAUUAUUGCAUGCUCUCAUGUUCAUGCUAGAAGCUAAUUAACAUAUAACAGAACCUUUAUUUUUACAGUGUGUAAUUGAAGUGUAUUUUCUGCUUUUAUUUUCCUGCUGGUGGUUGUUAUUUUAGUGGAAUGAGUUGAAACGCUGCUGUAACGCACAUUUAAUCUGCUGAGUCAAUCAGCAGUAAACUGAUAUCACCCUGCAUGUUAUAGAUGAUGUUAUUGUUGAUGUAAAGGGGGAAAAUGAGAUGUAUUUACAUGUUGGAGCAUGCCGUGUGGAAUAGAAAGACAGUCCUGUAUGAAUGUAUGAUAUUCGCCUUAAUGUGCCUCUUACACAACACUUAAAUAUUUACGGUCUGUUUGACAAAGUUUCAUUCUAAGUUUUACAAACAGAAUGUAAAACAUUUUUAGGUCAGUGAUUUAACUCCUAAAUCUUCUGUCAAACUGUGUUGUGAGUUAAAAAGAAAAAAGUUGAAUUGCAAAAAUGUACAACUUUGGAAAUAAGUCUAGGAUCACUGUGACAAAAUAGUAAAAAGUCUUGUAAAACCAUCUUUUGGGAGGCA